ACAAACUCUGCCUCCUUUACAGACAGACCAUAAUAAAAACUCUUUUCUUUGUUCUAUAUAUAAUUAUUCCAUUCCUCUUCAUACAUACUCUCAACAUUACAACAACAAUUCUCAAUUCUCACCCACCCAAAAUACUAAACGCAUCAUUUUCAUUUCCAUGGAACUCUCAAAACAAGAACCAUUAUCUAAACCACCACCUAUGGUGGUUAUGCUACCAUCACCAGGCAUGGGACAUCUUAUACCAAUGAUUGAAUUUGCCAAAAGAAUUAUUAUUCUUAAUCAAAAUCUUCAAAUCACCUUCUUCAUUCCCACCGAAGGUCCACCUUCAAAAGCUCAAAAAACAGUUCUUCAAUCUCUACCAAAGUUCAUUUCACAUACUUUCCUUCCACCAGUUUCCUUCUCAGACCUUCCACCAAACUCCGGGAUAGAGACAAUCAUCUCCCUCACUGUCCUCCGUUCUCUCCCUUCUCUCCGUCAAAACUUCAACACUCUCUCUGAAACUCAUACUAUCACUGCUGUUGUCGUCGACCUCUUUGGGACAGACGCUUUUGACGUCGCUAGAGAAUUCAACGUCCCUAAAUAUGUCUUCUACCCUUCAACUGCCAUGGCUCUUUCUCUUUUCCUUUACCUUCCUCGUCUUGACGAGGAAGUUCACUGCGAGUUUAGAGAAUUGACUGAACCUGUGAAAAUUCCCGGUUGUAUUCCUAUUCACGGUAAAUAUUUACUAGACCCUCUUCAAGACAGGAAGAACGAUGCUUACCAAAGUGUCUUUCGCAACGCGAAGAGAUACAGAGAAGCAGAUGGACUUAUAGAGAAUAGUUUUCUUGAACUUGAACCGGGUCCAAUCAAGGAGUUACUAAAGGAAGAACCAGGAAAACCUAAGUUUUACCCGGUUGGACCAUUAGUAAAGAGAGAAGUAGAAGUAGGUCAAAUUGGACCGAACUCAGAGAGUUUGAAAUGGUUAGAUAAUCAACCACAUGGGAGUGUUCUGUUUGUUUCUUUUGGAAGUGGUGGGACCCUCUCUAGUAAACAGAUAGUUGAAUUGGCACUUGGCUUGGAAAUGAGUGAGCAACGGUUUUUAUGGGUUGUUAGAAGUCCAAAUGAUAAAGUUGCUAAUGCUUCUUACUUCAGUGCUGAAACAGAUUCUGAUCCAUUUGAUUUUUUACCAAAUGGAUUUUUGGAGAGAACUAAAGGAAGGGGUCUAGUUGUGUCAUCUUGGGCCCCACAACCACAGGUUUUGGCACAUGGGUCAACUGGUGGGUUUUUAACUCAUUGUGGUUGGAAUUCAGUUCUAGAAAGUGUUGUUAAUGGGGUGCCUUUAGUGGUUUGGCCACUUUAUGCAGAGCAAAAGAUGAAUGCUGUUAUGUUAACUGAGGAUGUUAAGGUUGGGUUGAGACCAAAUGUUGGUGAGAAUGGGUUGGUUGAGAGAUUGGAAAUUGCUAGUGUUGUUAAGUGUCUUAUGGAAGGUGAAGAAGGGAAAAAGCUUCGUUAUCAAAUGAAGGAUCUUAAAGAGGCAGCUUCUAAAACUCUUGGUGAGAAUGGAACUUCCACAAACCAUAUCUCCAAUUUAGCUCUCAAGUGGACCAACAAAUCCACUGUAAUAAAUUAAAUUAAAUUAAAAAGUUGUAGUAGCUUAUAUUAGCUACAAUAGCAACAUCUUGUUAUAUAAUUUUCUUAUUAAUUAGUAUGUGUAUUUGAAAUAAUGUAACGCUAACACAUGUCUUUCGACAUAUGUUAUUAAUUUUGAUUUUAGUAUAUUAACAUUUUCCUUUGAAAUA